GUGAAAACGGUCUCUACUCUUCUAGCACUUAUGUUCCGCCUGGUACAACGCCGUAUAACAGAAUUUAAACCGGCUAUUCUUUCAAAUAGAAACAUGUCGAAAAUAGCUUAUGAGAAUGGGACAAGUGGUUCUACAAACUGCGAGGCCAACAGGUCGAUUCACUCUAGUACUAUUGGGGAGGUUCAUAAUGUUCCUCUGAACAUCAUCAUCCGACCAUUUCCUCCAGUGCUGGAUGAGCUGAAAGUCCAGAGCCUGAUGGACACUAUAAAGGAAACAGCCGACGUCCGUGUUGUUCCUCCUAUUGAUGUGCUCUGGAUCAAAGGAAGUGAAGGAGGAAACUACUACUAUUCUUUUGGAGGCUGUCACAGGUUUGCUGCGUAUCAAAGACUGAGCAUGCCAUCCAUCCCUGCCAAGAUCAUUAGAUCAAGCAUCUCUGACCUCAAAACUUACCUGGGAGCUUCAACACCUGAUCUGCGGUGAUCCAGAUUUGAUUGAUUGAUUUUUUUAGAACAGUUCUUUGUGUUGCGCAGUCUCUGCAGAUCACAAGAUUUACCAGCAGGGGGAAAUGUAAUUCUUUAUUGUAAACACAUGGGAAUUUAUUAUUUCUUAAAUAAAAAUAUCCUAAUUUUAAUAUUUCCUACUAUAUAUUUAUUUUUUUAUCGUUUUCAGGGUUUACUUAAUAAUAUUUCUUUGAAUAAUUCUAUUAAUUUGAAGUGAACAGUAAGUUUGUUUGUAAAAUGUCUUGAAACAUGGCAAAGAUGACCUGAGAAAUUAUUGUCAUUUUCACUCUAAACAUUGUUAGUAUAGCAAUAAAAAUGUGAUGGUAUCAUCAAAAUGUUGUUGGUAAGAUGGUAAUUAAAUCAGCAUCACAAAAUAGAGAUCGACCGUACGCGUGCAGAUGACACGCCGCAACCAGCUGCUUCAAAAGAUGCAUUUAAUUAUAAAAAAAUCACCAAGUUUCUCUUGAUAUGAAUGUUUUUAGUCAAAGAGCUAAACAAGGCAGUCAUUGGUGAAGGUUUAAUGCUGUUUUUGCUUCUUAUAAACACACAAAAAAGGAAGUUGUCUUUAUUUUGUUUUCAAAUUUUGAUAUUUCUUCAAGAUAUGAAAAACACACAUUUAACAAUAUUCAUCAUUUUUACUGUAUCUGUCCAAACUCUGUCUUGGUCUUUAUUUGUCCCCCAUUAAAAAUGUAUAUUUAUUCUGCUAAAAAGGCAAUAUCUGUACUUACUAUCCAUAGACCAUGAAUGUAUUUAAUGCAAGGUGUUUGAUUUAUUUUAAAUCCUCAAAAAAAAAACCAACUUGCUGAACUUUUAACACCCCUUUUCAACUACAUAGUAGUUGGAUCAAAUUACUUUCAGUAGUGAUCAUUACCGAAUGCAGUUCCUAAAGUCCAAAUCGAAUUUGUACAAUUUCAUUCUUACUUGUAAGAUUUUGAAAUGCCAAAAAAAAGAAAAGAAA